AUGGCGAUGACCACGCACGCCGAUGCGUCCGAGUUCGAGGCCUUCCAGGCCAGCAUGGAGCAGUACUGUGACCUGGCGUUGGAUGGCCUGUGCGAGCAGGCCAUGGAUGAGCAGGGCGCAUCGGUGCUCCUGAACCUCGGGCACGACUGCGAGGAAGAGGGCCGCGACCUGGCGCUUGACGACCUGUGUGACCAGGCCCUAGACCAGGCCAUGGACGAGCAGGCUGCCUCCGUGCUUCUAGACCUCGAGCGCUAUUGCGAAGCAUUUGGCGACGGCUCUCGUUCUCCUCGCCGCUCUUGGCUGGACCCGGAGAUCCCCGAGGCGGACAUCCAGCCGUUGUGCGACUGGGCGCCAGAGGUGGACACCGGGCUGCUCUGCGACAGGGCGCAGGCGGGCGUGCACGAUAGCACUUACGACGACGUGUGCGCCUCUGCGCUGAAGGACCUCGAGAAGCACCACCAGCGCCAACCAAGCGGCCUGCAAUCGGCGAAGGGCCUGUCCUUCACCAGCGUGCACGAGUGCCUCGUGCAGAGGGUCCGCAAGACGGUCGCCGAGUACAUGAUGUGGGUCAUCUAA